UCUCCCUUCUCCUCAGCUCUGCAGCUACGCUAUUCAGAGCAUAUUAGCAGUUACAAAUGCUAGUAGAUAGAGACGCUGCCGAUAUGAAUUUAUUUUCCUUUUUGUUCUUAUGAGCAUAAUUAUGACUCGGUUUUUAUUGGUUUCUAAUUGUGCCUCCUCCUCCUCUUCCUUGUUCCGGUAUACAUCACCUGCCGCCGCCGCUGCCGCUGCCGCUGCCGCCUCCUCCUCCUCCUCCUCUCUUCAUCCUUUCAUGGCCAAGUUGCAAUGCAGGGUAGUUGAGAAUCAUCGGUUCUAUUCUUCUGCAGCGGCGUCGUCUUUUGGGUAUUUGCCGUUGCUAAAACGAAGUGUCUGUCUGAAUUCAUUAUAUCCAAAGCUUCUUCUACCAAGUCUUUCCCAUUCGUUAGCUUUUCCCUCCUCUUCCUUAUUCGGUGGCGGCCGCCAUUUGUCCACUACUGACAAAAACAAUCCUGCCGGCUUUGCCAAAUACUGGAAGAAAAAAAAGGCCAAAUCAUGUGCUGUGAAUCAAGCAGCUUCCGAUGUCAAUCCCGCCCCAUCCUCAACUCAAUCACAAGAACAACUCGACCCUGCUGUCGAUGUGUCCACCUCCAAAAUUGUUACAACGCAGAAGAAGAAAAAGAACACUACCAAGAAGAAACAACCAAAUAAACUCAGCCAAAGUAAUGAACUUCCGCCUUCUUCGGUCGUCACUGCUUCAGCAGAAGAGGAGACUGCUGCUGUCACUAAAACCAAGGAAUUGCUUGAUGGCUCUACUUCACCAAAACAGAAGUCCAAGAAGGUAACCAAAAAAGUUGCUGCAAAGCCUAAGUCUGUAAAAACAGUCAAGAAAUCAACUGAACAGCUGAAGCUUCAACCUAUGGGCAACCUCAAACUUUUCGCUCAAGGCUCCCUAAAGCCCCUUUAUCCUCCUGCUGUUAAAUCUGUCUUGGUGGUGGAGUCUGUUACCAAGGCAAAGGUCAUUCAAGGCUACCUUGGUCCCAUGUUUGAAGUCUUACCUAGCUAUGGUCAUGUAAGGGACUUGGCUGCAAGGUCAGGAUCUGUGCGCCCUGAUGAUGACUUUAGCAUGGUUUGGGAGGUUCCUUCUGCUGCCUGGACUCAUCUUAAGAGCAUCAAAGUCGCACUCAGCGGAGCAGAAAAUCUUGUACUUGCAUCAGAUCCCGAUCGUGAAGGAGAGGCAAUUGCCUGGCACAUUUUUGAGAUGUUGCAACAACAGGAUGCCUUACAUCCAGGAAUUACUGUGGCCAGAGUUGUCUUCCAUGAAAUAACCGAGGAAUCUAUUAAAAAUGCUUUGCAAGCUCCAAGAGAAAUUGAUUUGAACUUGGUUCAGGCUUAUCUUGCACGUCGUGCUCUUGAUUAUUUAAUUGGAUUCAACAUUUCACCAUUGUUAUGGAGGAAAUUACCAGGUUGUCAGUCAGCUGGACGUGUCCAAUCAGCUGCAUUAUCUCUUAUAUGCGACAGGGAAAUGGAAAUUGACGAAUUUAAGUCACAAGAGUAUUGGACUAUUGAUGUGGAAUUUCACAAAAAAAGGGAUCCAGAUUCUUUAGUUAAUUCACACCUGACCCAUUUUGACUCUAACAAAUUGAAUCAACUUUCCAUCAGUUCUCAUGGAGAGGCCAUAGAAAUUGAACAGAAAAUAAAACUUGCAUGUUUUCUUGUGGCCGGCAUUAAAGAAAGCAAAAUGAAGAGAAACCCUCCCACACCUUAUAUAACAUCAACUCUUCAGCAGGAUGCAGCAAACAAACUACAUUUUCCUUCAAUGUACACAAUGAAGCUUGCACAAAAACUGUAUGAAGGGGUUCAGUUAUCAGAUGGAGAGGUCAAAGGGUUAAUAACAUACACCAGGACAGAUGGCUUACAUAUCUCUGAUGAAGCUGUUAAGGAGAUACGUUCCUUGGUGACUGAAAGGUAUGGCCAAGAUUUUGCAUCUGUUGGCCCACGCAAAUACUUUAAGAAAGUCAAGAAUGCCCAAGAGGCUCAUGAAGCAAUUAGACCCACCACUGCUCGGAUAUUACCAUCUAUGCUUGUUGAUGUACUUGAUGAAGAUUCAUUGAAGUUGUACACACUUAUCUGGUCCCGAACAGUAGCAUGCCAAAUGGAACCUGCUAUCGUUGAGCAGAUACAAGUUGACAUUGGGACUGCUGAUGAUUUGAUUAUUCUAAGAACUUCAUGCUCAGGAGUUAAAUUUCUCGGUUACCAGGCAGUUUACGAGGAUAGUGAGACUGGAGCAAUAAAACAUAAGGAAAUUGAAGUGAAUGAUCGUCAGGAAGCUUUUAAAAUUCUGAAGUCCCUUAAGACAGGGGAUCCUUUGAACUUUAGUGGAGUGAAACUUAAGCAGCACUUCACACAGCAUCCACCACGCUACUCUGAAGGAUCAUUGGUUAAGAAGCUGGAAGAACUUGGCAUUGGACGACCUUCCACUUACGCGAGCACUUUAAAAGUCUUACAGGAUAGGAACUACGUGAAAGUAGAUAGUCGUGUGUUACAUCCAGAAUUUCGCGGUCGCAUGGUGUCGGCAUUUCUUUCUCAACACUUCACCGAGGUCACGGACUAUAGCUUUACCGCUGAUAUGGAGACUGAGCUUGAUAAUGUUUCUGCUGGAUUAACUGAAUGGAAAGGCCUUCUUAAAGACUAUUGGACACGAUUUAGCUCAUAUUGCAGGCUUACUGAAACUGUCCAUAUCCAUCAGGUGGAGAAGAUGCUGGAAAAAAAGUUUGGAGAUUUUUUGUUCCGCUUCCUCCCUGAUAACAGCAGGACAUGCCCUAGUUGUCUGGAGGGUACUUUGAUCUUCAAAGUUAGUCGGUAUGGUGCUGGCUAUUUUAUAGGCUGUGAUCAACACCCAAAGUGCAAGUAUAUUGCUAAGUCAUUUUACGCACCAGAUGAGGAUGAAGAAGCUCCUCAAAAGAAUACCUCUGUGGAGGAGCCAAAAUUGUUGGGUGUUCAUCCUGGUUCAAAUGAGAAGGUGCUAUUGAAGAAUGGUCCUUAUGGAUGUUACGUACAGCUUGGUGAAGACAGAAAGGGCUACACACCUAAAAGAGCCUCUGUUUCUCAUAUAAAGAAUGUGGAUGGCAUUACUUUGGAAAAUGCUCUGGAGUUGCUUCGUUACCCUUUGACUUUGGGUAACCAUCCAAAGGAUGGGCAUCCAGUGACAUUGAAGCUUGCAAAGGUUGGAUAUGCGGUUAGACAUCGACGUACAAUUGCUUCGCUCCCCAAGAAUAUGAAGCCAGAAGAUGUGAGCUUGGAAAAAGCAUUAGAGCUCUUAUCCAGUGAUGAUGUUAGACGAAGCGGUCGACCUAAGAGGAAACCAAAGGUUGAGGAAGUAGUCGAGGCAAUGUAGCGUCGAUAUAGAGGAUGGAGCUAUUCAAACCAUGUCCUUGCAAAGAUCAUCCGCGGGGGUGUAUCAUUCCGGCUAGAAGUUUUGUAUAAGGAGGAGUUGAGUUGUGAAGUAGUAGUAACAUUUUAAAAAAUAUUGGUAAUUCUUUUUGGUCAUACAUAAUAGGAGAAGGGGGGGUGGGAAAUCGAGGAAGUUCUUAAGGAAAUAGAAAGUUUGUACAUGUGUAUUCAUUUAUUAAUG